AUGGUUGACGAGAAAAAGCCUCUUUUGGACAGCUCUGGCCGUGAAGCCCGCGAGGACGACGCUACAGCAACAGCUAUUCUAAGAAGAAAGAAGAAGGACAACAUGUUGAUGGUGGACGAUGCAGUAAACGACGAUAACUCUGUGAUCGCGAUUAAUUCCAACACAAUGGACCUACUGCAGCUAUUUCGCGGUGACACCGUCCUGGUAAAGGGCAAGAAGCGCAAAGAUACAGUUUUGAUUGUGCUGAUCGAUGACGAGCUUGAAAAUGGAGUUUGCAGAGUAAACCGUGUAGUCAGAAACAAUCUGCGUAUCCGCUUAGGCGAUCUCGUCACGAUCCAUGCGUGCCCCGACAUUAAGUAUGCCUCGCGCAUCUCUGUUUUGCCUAUCGCUGAUAGUGUUGAAGGACUAACUGGAAGUCUAUUCGAUGUGUAUUUGAAACCAUACUUCGUCGAGGCGUACCGUCCUGUGCGCAAGGGAGACCAUUUCGUUGUAAGAGGUGGUAUGCGCCAAGUCGAGUUCAAAGUCGUUGACGUUGAACCUGAGGAAUAUGCGGUGGUAGCUCAGGACACUGUGAUCCACUCCGAUGGCGAGCCUAUCAACCGUGAAGAUGAAGAGAACAACAUGAACGAAGUCGGGUACGAUGACAUUGGUGGAUGCCGUAAACAAAUGGCGCAGAUUCGUGAAUUGGUCGAAUUGCCGCUCAGACACCCCCAGCUAUUCAAAGCUAUCGGUAUAAAGCCCCCAAGAGGCAUUUUAAUGUACGGGCCUCCAGGUACUGGUAAGACAUUGAUGGCGAGAGCAGUAGCGAAUGAAACUGGUGCUUUCUUCUUUUUGAUCAAUGGUCCUGAGGUCAUGUCUAAGAUGGCUGGUGAAUCUGAAUCUAAUUUGAGAAAGGCCUUCGAGGAAGCCGAAAAGAACGCCCCUGCUAUUAUUUUCAUUGACGAGAUAGAUUCCAUUGCACCAAAGCGUGACAAGACCAACGGUGAAGUGGAAAGGAGAGUCGUCUCGCAACUAUUGACGCUGAUGGACGGUAUGAAAGCUAGAUCAAAUGUUGUUGUCAUCGCUGCUACAAAUAGACCAAACUCUAUCGACCCAGCUUUGAGAAGAUUCGGUAGAUUUGACCGUGAAGUUGAUAUUGGUAUUCCAGACGCUACCGGCAGAUUAGAAGUUCUACGCAUCCACACUAAGAACAUGAAGCUGGCUGACGAUGUAGACUUGGAAUCCCUUGCAGCCGAGACUCACGGUUACGUUGGUGCUGACAUUGCUUCCCUGUGUUCUGAAGCAGCCAUGCAACAAAUCCGUGAGAAGAUGGAUUUGAUUGACUUGGACGAAGAGGAAAUUGCUGCCGAAGUUCUAGAUUCUUUAGGGGUUACUAUGGACAACUUCAGGUUCUCUCUAGGUAACUCGAAUCCAUCUGCAUUGCGCGAAACUGUUGUGGAAAGUGUCAACGUUACAUGGAACGACAUCGGUGGCUUAGACGAAAUUAAACAAGAAUUGAAGGAAACCGUAGAAUACCCAGUUCUACACCCAGAUCAAUACACAAAGUUUGGGUUGGCUCCUUCUAAGGGUGUGUUGUUCUACGGUCCACCAGGUACCGGUAAGACUUUGCUUGCCAAGGCUGUGGCCACUGAAGUUUCCGCGAAUUUCAUCUCUGUUAAAGGACCAGAGCUUUUGAGCAUGUGGUAUGGUGAAUCCGAAUCCAACAUCCGUGAUAUUUUCGAUAAAGCUAGAGCUGCUGCUCCAACAGUGGUUUUCUUGGAUGAAUUGGAUUCUAUCGCGAAAGCCAGAGGUGGUUCAGUGGGUGAUGCAGGCGGUGCCUCCGAUAGAGUCGUAAACCAGUUGUUAACCGAAAUGGAUGGUAUGAACGCCAAGAAGAACGUGUUCGUCAUCGGUGCGACUAACAGACCAGAUCAGAUCGAUCCUGCCAUCUUGAGACCUGGUAGAUUAGAUCAGCUAAUAUAUGUCCCACUACCAGACGAAAUGGCCAGAUUAUCUAUCUUGAACGCUCAGCUAAGAAAGACUCCACUGGAACCUGGUUUGGAAUUGACAACAAUUGCAAAGGCUACACAAGGCUUUUCCGGUGCUGAUUUGUCGUACAUUGUCCAAAGAGCUGCCAAGUUCGCCAUCAAGGACUCUAUUGAAGCUCAAAAGAGUGCCGAGGCUGAACGUCAAAGCAAAGUUAAGACUGAAGAUGUGGAAAUGGGUGACGGCGCCGAAGCAAGUGCUCCAGCAGCCGAAGAAGAAGAGAUCGAAGAUACAGUACCAUACAUCACUAGGGAACACUUCUCAGAAGCUAUGAAGACAGCCAAGCGUUCCGUCUCAGAUGCUGAGCUGCGUCGUUACGAAGCAUACUCUCAGCAGAUGAAAUCCUCAAGAGGCCAAUAUACCAACUUCAGCUUUGAAGAUGCUCCAAGCACUAACCAGCCCGCUGGAAACUCUGAAAAUUCGGGCGCCGCUUUCGGUGAAGGGGCCGAGGAAGACGAUUUGUAUAGUUAA